CGCCAUAAAGAAUAUAUCGGUCACGUUAAUUGCCGGGAAAAAGCUUGCCGUUCGCUUUCGGCUCUGAUGGAAGAGCUUGCAGGGACACAGGUUGCUUUCCCUGUUCGCAACCGCAUCUUUGCACGCUUAAUCAACGGAGUAACCACAAAUUUCGUCUGGAACUUGUACCUGGACCACCUGCUGCUGAUCAUCACUCAAAUUGGGACGGUUGGGACGGUUAUCUCCGCCAGGCAAGACGCCACCUUUGACGGGCGCACCACCUUCAGCAUAUCUGUGGUGUUGGGUAAGCGGGAGGACCCCACCUUGGAGCUGGCGGCCAGGCAGCUGGUGCAGCAGCUGGGGGAGCUCGGUCACAGCAGAUCCAUUACUUUGUGCCUAGGUCUUCGUGACCUGAGUCCGUCCUCAGUUCGGGAGCUGGUGGGGGCUGUUCGAGAGGACCACGCGUGGUGCUGACUGUAGCUAGCAGCAGCAGCUGACAGCACCCGACCCGACAGGCCGGCGGUGCUGGUGCUGGUGGACGGGGGGGGUGAACUGGGGCAUUGCAGGCUAUGUAGGCUGAACGAACGGGGGGCCUGCAGAGCCGCUGGUGUGUAGGUCAGAGAGAGGCCCGCUGGGAGUGGGGAGAGGGGAAGCAAAGUGGUUCCAUAUUCGAUGGAGAGGGGGCCAUAAGGGAGGCACGAGGUAUGGGGAGUUGGUUCUAACUCCGGCCGCCAGGGUGUGGGUCCUGUUGCUGGUAAGGCUGGUGUGGGUGGCCGGGUGGCUGACCGGUUGUGGCGCAGUUCAGCGCGGUUCAGGUGAUGAGCUCCCUCCGGUGCCCCCUUGCUGCGGCCCAACCCCUCCCAGGUGCUCAGUGUUGGGUGUGGUGACGACUGUGCACCCUGGACAGACAUCUACCCCCCUACCUACCUACCUGCCUACCUACCUACCUACCUACCUACCUACCUACCUACCUACCUGCCUACCUACCUGCCUACCUAGCAAUGUAGGGGUAAAUCGUUUAGUCGCUGUAUAGGAUAAAAUUUAAAAAAGCGGACC